CCCGCUGUGAGGAAGCUAUGGCGGCGGACACUUCGACGGAGCUGCUGUUUCUUGAUACUUUUAAGCACCAGAGUGCAGAGCUAACCAACGUGGACGUGGUGCGGUUUCCUUGCGGGGUUUUGAUCACAGAGGUUCGGGUCAUUCCUCCAGGAAUCAAAGCUCAUAGUAAUUUACCUGACAACAGAGCAUUUGGGGAGACAUCUCCUCAUGCCUUUCAGUUGGAGUUGUUUUUCAACAAUGUCACCAAGCCCAACAGCCCCACCUUCCACAGACUGGGCAGUUUGGAGUACGAUGAAAAUAAGUCCAUCGUCUUCAGGCCCAGUGGAAAGGUGAACACAGAUGGGUUAGUGCUCCGGGGUUGGUACACUAGCCUGACUCUGGCGGUCUAUGGCACCUCGCAGCGUGCUCACGGACCGGACCAUGCUUUACCUCCUCCACCACCACCGCCUCCCCCUCAACAACCAAGUGGGCUCAAGAGGAUUGUAAAACAAGAAUGGGAGAAAGAUGACCAGUAUAAUGGCAGCCCACCCAGACCGGGCCCCAGAGGGCCUCGGACUCCACCUGGACCUCCUCCCCCAGAUGACGAUGAAGAGGAGCAAGUCCCAAUGGCAGUGGGUGUGGUCAAAGAAGAACCCAGCCAGGGCCGUGAGGAUUACCUAGAAGCCGUGUCUCCAGAAAGGUCGCUGCCCGCUGACGAACCCUUCUCUGACGCCGAACCAGAGGAGGAAGGGGAAGAAGAGGAGGAGGAAGAGGAGCAGGAGGAGGAGGAAGCACGGACUGAGGGAAGCAUGCAGGAGGAGGAGGAAGAAGAGGAGGAUGAGGGUGAGGACGAGGACGAGGAGGAGGAAAUGGAGGAAGGCGAUGACGGAUACGAGCAGAUUUCCAGUGAUGAGGAUGAUUUGGAUAACGGUAGCUUCAAGCUGCCCACCUUCGACAUCGACUACACACCGGAGGAUCUCGCCUCUGUCCCUCCUGUCCAGUACGAUCCUUACGAACGAGAGCUCAAACCUCUUGUCUAUUUCACCCCGCCUUACAAGACUCGCUUUGACACUCAGUUGGAAAAGACCAGUUUAGAAGAACCAAGAGAUGCUGGUGGAACAGAAGGAGCAGCAGGCGGAGAGGAGGCUGAGGCUGCUGCUCAACUAAAAGAACUACUGACUGGCACCGGUGAUGACAGGGAUGCUCGUUGGGUGACCGUUUUGGAGGAAGCUCCAGGACUUCUGAACAAAAGUCUAGCUUAUCUAAUUAAACAAGGACAGGAAGAAUCUGAGCAGCCUGUUCGUGUUUUAGUCCAGUGGACUCUCCAGGCUUUGAGUAUGGACAUUGCGCUCACACAGCCGAUAGCGCUCAAUCUCAGACAAUUGAAAGCUGGUGCGAAGCUGGCAUCCUGUUUGGCAGAGUGUCCGCAGGGUCUAGCAGAGCUGCUGCGUGAAGGUGCCCUGAAUGUGCUGCUGGAGCUGCUCCAUGCUGAACACGUCUCCUCCACACUGAAGCUCAGUAUCCUCAGAGCGUUGGAUGCUCUCAUCAGUGCUCCUGCUGGAGUGGAGGCUUUCCUGCAGGCUGGGAAUUCAGGGAAGAGUGGCUAUCAGCGUUUGGUGGAGCUCUUCCUGCUUGAAGAAACGGUCCGGGUUAUAAAUGCAGGAAACGCCAUCUUACAGAAGAGCCACGUGUACGAGGUACUUGUCAGCCUCAGACAGGCGGCUGCAACUUGGAGUGAACCACAGCAGGAGGAGAUGGAGGAUACUGAGACUCCCAUGGAGGAGGAUCCACCUCUUAGCUCCUCCCCUGUUGGUGAGGCUGAGCUUGAAAGGCUUGCUGGGGUUUUAGAGGAGCUUCAUCACCUGCUGGAGACCGCCCCUCACUGCAUGGUGCAGCCCCCUGGGAAAGCUUUCCCAACUACAGCCAGAAUAACAGGACCCCCAGAAAGGGACAACCCUUACCCAACUUUGUACAGGUACAUGCACGCGUGCCAUUUCUUAGAGAGCACUAUCGUGGUUCUGUCAGCGGCUGCUGCGGCGGGACACGUUGGGAUCACUCAGGCUGUCAGAGAUCUCCUCCGCUUCCUGUCGCUCACACAGCCUGGCCUGCUCUUCCUUCUGUCCCAGGCCACACCCACCAACCUUCUGCUGCGUCUCCUGGCAUCAGUGGCAGAAGAAGGCGAGGAGAAUGUGCUGACAGCAGGGGAAGGGGCCCUCUCUGGGCCAGGCUUCGGUGAAGAGGGUUUUUGUAUGUGGCUGAUGCAGGCCCUCCACGCUCUGCAGGGUGUGUCUGAACUCAUGGGCCAUGUGGCAGCUGGAGGAGAGGGAGGGAUGGGCCUAGAAGAAGGGGACAACCCUGAGGUCCUGGGCAUGCUCCAUGCCCUUUACCUGAUGACUUUCACACAGACCGGUCGCAGCGCGGUGUCUCAUGUUUUUAGCCUGGAGAACAACCUGUCCUGCCUGGUCGUCCUCAUCCAGCAUCACAGCAAGGAGACACAGGGUGAGGCCAAAUCUCGUAAAGCAGUGACGUAUAACUAUGCGUGUAUGUUGGUAUUAAUGGUGGCGCAGACCUCUAACGAGCUGCGGAUGAUGGAACAGUAUGCUGCUCCGCUGCUCGCUGUAGCCAAGGCCGAUGACGCUAAUGCCAAACUGCAGGAGCUUAGUAAAUGGUUGGAGCCUCUGGAGAAGCUUCGCUUUGAAAUUAGCAGCAUUCCUACUCUCAUCAACUACAUCAAACAGAACGUGGAAAAUGUAUUAAAUGCUGAUGGAUUUGGGCUGGUCUCUGCUCUGAGAGUGCUCUAUCACAUUGCCUGUCCACCUCCAGCUGUUGAAGGUCAGCAGAGGGAUCUUAAGUGGAGUCUUGCAGGCGUCCAGCUGUUCUCCGGGGAGGGUCUGGAUACAUGCGUACGCGUCCUUCAAAAGCUUUGCAGCGUGCUCCUGCAGCCCUGGCGAAUGCUUGGGCACAUGGGUCCAACACCGCAGCGCUGCAUGAUCCUUAGCAUAUGCAUCAGCACGCUCAGGCUGCUGCGCACCAUGCUGACCGAGCUGCUCCGCGGGGGAGCUUUUCAGUUCAGAGACACUCGCGUUGCCAAUGUUUUGGUUACGCUCCACAUGAUAGUGUGCUCCAUUCCAGCAUCUGGGCGUCUGGAUGGAGAAGAGACAAGAGUGCAGGCCCUCAUCGUGGAUGUCCUGCUCACCUUCACACAGGGCGUCAGUGAACAGGUCACUCACACAGAAGAGACUUUGGCCAGUAACACCUGGUCUCUGAUGCUGAAAGAAGUCUUGAAUUCCCUUUUAAAAGCUCCUGAAGGUUUGUUCUCAGGCCUGACGCUGCUGUCUGAGCUGCUGCCUCUUCCUCUGCCCAUGCAAAGCACUCAGGCACUAUCAAUCCAAGAUGUCGCUAUAGCCUUAAACACUAGGAAGCUGUGGAGCAUGCACAUUCGGGUCCAGUGGAAGGUCCUGUCUGAGGUGCUGAGGUGUGUGUGCUCCACCAGCUGCCCGCCUCUCCUCACCAUGCUGAGGAGGAUCUGCGUCCAGCUGGCAGACCUGUCCUCACCCACUGCAACGCUCGUCAUGAAGACCGUGUUGGAGCUGCUGUCUGAGGAGCUGCAGCCGGCGGAGGGGAAAAGUGUUUGCUGGGGCCAAGUCCUGCGUCUUCUCUCUCUGCUGGAUGCUCUGGUGUCACAGAGAGCCUGCAAGAGCUCCACGCUUCACCUGCUGUCCAGCUUGGUUUCUGGAGAAGAACAGGUGGCAGACCUGUUCCCUGUACUUUUGUCUCUGUUGGUGCCCCCUGCUGGUCACUCCUUACAGCAACAGCAGUGCAGUGUGUUAGUGGGAACCAUAUUGCAGUCAUUGUGUGACCAGGACAUUGCUCUGGUGGUGCCGCCUCCUGGAGAGGCCUGCAUGUCAGAGGCUGAACAGCUGGCUAAUGCACUUCCAGGCCGGGAGAUCAUGUCUUCAGUGUGUAAUUCCCUCUUGGAGGUCUUAGGGAAUAAAGAGGCCAGCAUCCCUCUCCUUCUCACCUGCAUCAGGACAUUGACGUUCUUCACCGAGCACGACUAUGGAAUUUACCACCUCAAAGUCACAUUGAGGAAACAUGGUUCAGAGAUCUUCUCGCUGUUGAAAAGGCUGGUGGUUUCCUUUAAUAAGGACUCAACAGAUCUUAUUUCAGCUCUGCUCGACUUUCUCCGGCAAAUCCUGAACACAGAUUCAACGUGUGCAGAGGAGGGCCAAGGGUCCAGAGAGGAACCUGUCUGUGUUGCUCCACGCCUGCUGUCUGGCUCAGAGAUGAAGUCUCUCCUGCAGUGGGAGGACUCUGAGUCCCACCCACUUAUGGAGCUAGAGAAGCUAAUGGCGCAAUUAUGCAAAGAAGACGACUCCCUGGAAACCAUGAUGGAGAAUGUAAUUGUUCUGAAACAGACGCUGGAAACAGCCAAAGAAACGCCUUCAGUGGUAGAAAACGAACCCAUUUUGCCCACACCUGAAACACUGGCCGCCCAGUUUAAUCACAGGACGGUGUUUAUCCUGUCAGAAGCUCUGGAUGAACAACUUAAAGCUCUGUGGUUCUCUCCUUUCCAAAGCGAUGAAAUAGAACCUGACCUGGACAUGGUGAAGGUGGAUCUGGUAGGCUUGGCUCAGGAGUGCUGUCCAGAACUGGACCUGAAGGCUGAGCUGGAGCGCUCCUUCCUAUCAGAGCCAACCUCUCCCGGUCACACAAAGACGUCCAAAGGAUUCCGCCUGGGCAAACACAAACACGAGACAUUCAUCACAUCCAGCGGUAAGUCCGACUACAUUGAACCUGCUAAAAGAGCCCACAUCCUGCCAGCACCCCGUGGCCGUGGAGGUCGAGGUGGGUUUGGACAGAACAUCGCCCGACCCCAUGAUAUUUUCCGCCAGCGCAAGCAGAACACUUCCCGUCCUCCCAGCAUGCAUGUGGAUGACUUUGUGGCAGCAGAGUUUAAAGACAUUGGUAACCCACUUGGAAUUCUUCCUCCUAAACGUCUGCCUAAAAACACACCCAAGCCCCCCACGAGGGGACUGUUCCCUGGUAACAGAGGCAGGGCGGCUUUUCACAGCCAAACCCGCUUUUUCACUCCACUGCAGCCCAAAGGUGUCCUGCUAUCAGGUAACUAUGCUCGAAGAGAGGGAGGCCGUGGGUCAUCAUGGAGCGGCCAAGUUCCCACUGUGACCCACAGAGGAACCUACAGUGAACCCCGUGGGGGACAGAGCAACUUCGCCCGCGGGCCUCUGCCAUCCCGACAGCCGCCUGCAAGUGCUUACCGGUUGGCCAUUCGGGAUCGACUCCCACGAGGCAGAGGAGGCACAGGACUGUCGUGGCUUGGUGGAGGAGGAGCCGGCGCUGCGGGUGGAGGGGGAGGAGGAGGAGGAAGGGGAUCUCAGGGGAGCAAGUUCAGCGGUGGGGGAGGAAGUGGAGGUGGGAGGGGCAGACAUGUUCGCUCCUUCACCAGGUAAAUCCACCUGGGCAGUGACUUCAGCCUCUAGAGGGCUACAAAACGGACCAAUAUGGAUUCAUGUUUUCUGUCUCUAUGGAAACGUCUCGGUAUGGUGUCACACUGACUUUGUUGAGAUGUUUACUUUUUUUAUUUUGUUUUUGUUUUGACUCAGAAUAAUAAAGGGUGGAUGUAACUGAGUAUGUGUUUUAAUAAUAAUAAAAAUGGAUGAAUAUUACUUUUCACACUUUAAAGGAA